GUCUAAUCGUUGUGCAGCCCUAAUCCCAGUUAUGUGUUUCCUGUGAAGCUUCAAUAUCAGAUGACAAAACCCUAGCUAUUGCAGUGGGGCGCGAUCCAGAACUCAAAACCUAACAAUCAAGUCAUCCGUGAGCACAGAAAGACAAAUAUGGGUGGAAAAUGCCCACAUAGAAGCGUAAAGAAGCGAAGAUAUUCUCACAAGACGGCUCGGCGCACCAAAUUUCUUCUCAAGGGAGAUGAUAUGGUUUUUGAUGAGCUGAAGAUGCCGGAUGACGAGAAGAAGCCUUUACCCUUAGAUGAAGAUUUACCUGGGAUGGGCCAGUUUUACUGCCUUCACUGCGAUCGAUACUUCUCCAAUGUGGCUGUGAGGGAUGAGCAUUUUAGGACCAAACGGCACAAGAAACGUGUAAAACAAAUGAUGGGACCUGCGCCACAUACUCAACUUGAUGCCGAAUUAGCUGCAGGGAUGGGUAUCCCAGAUAAUGGCCCAAAGUUAAUGUCGAUGUGAUUGGGUUUUACUGAAGAUUUUUGUUUGAGAUUGAUGUGGUUUUUUUGGUGGAAGAUAUGAAGUUUUACUCCCCUCGCUCCACCUAGUCUUACAAAAUCAAUUUUACAGUUUUUAAUUUUUUUAAAUUCAAUCCGUCUAUACUUUUCCAGCUCAAUUUUAUCUGCUAGAGAGCAACGUAGAUCUCCGUUCUCCA